UCCGAUUUCAGAACGAUUUAGAGCACAGUUGAAAAGUUAAUACGCUGACUAUAAUGGACUAAUUAGAAAAAUUAAAGCAGUAAUUUUCAAUGCGUGAGAUAAAACGUGUGUCUCCCGGCCAAUGCUUGAGAGUUGGCAGCUCGGAGAAGGCUAGGGCUACAGUAACAUAACCUAUACGGAGGCUAUGAUAUCUCAAGUAGUGGCACUCACAAAAAUAGCUUUUACACUGAAUUCUGAUGACAGGACAACCUGAGCAUAAAAGGUACGAAGGCAGACAAAGUUUACAGAUAUGAAGCUGUAAGGGAACCCACAACAUGGCAAGCACACAGCAGUCUGCUUUUGAGUAUGUCCAAAAUGGCAGAGCUCUUCUUGAGGGUCACCUCCAGAAACCCUCCUUGGUCGUUGAUGAGAUGCGAAAGAAUAACAUCUUCAGCAAAAAACAAGUUAGAGAAAUUAAAUUCCAUAAAAAUAGGUCUGUCAAAACCAGAAAGAUGCUGGACAUGAUUAUCAAGAAAGGGGAAUAUGCCAGUUAUGAACUGUUAAAAAUAUUGUACAACACAAGGAACCAAACCUUACCAAGAACAAACCCUACCCAGAAUCAACCUCGCCACCCAGAUUUACAUCAAUGGAUCAGCUGCUUUUCGUUUACAGAUGACCCCGAUUUACAGAGUGGCCUCGUCUCUGAAUCAGGGCCUUGUGAGAGGUACAAAAGGCAGCUGCGAACAAAAGCUGUUGAGUUUCUUCACGCAAAGUGGGACCAGCACAUGCAUUUCCUCGAAGACAAGGCAAAAUGCAAACCCUUUACUUACAUUCCUGUCGUUUUGGACACCGACUCGAGUGAGCUGUCCAAAACUAAAAGCAAGUACAAAAAAGCACGCUCUAAGAAACUUAAGACUUACAUUCCAAGAGAUAAGGGAAAACUGUCCCCUGGUCACUUACUGGAAAGCAGUGAGAAAAAGAUUCUACUUGUUGGUAAACCUGGCAUUGGAAAGACAACUGUUGUCCAGCAAGUUUUAAAUAUCUGGGCAGAGAAUGAGAAUCCUCAAGAGAGUUAUAUGUUCUACUUUGAUGAGCCUUCGAUGAGAUCAAUGUCUCACUCUUCACAGCCCUCAUCCUUGAGGUCUCUGCUGUUUGAAAGAUACCUUAAGCCAGAGGAAGGCGCAGAGGAUGUGGUGCUGUGUGAUAUUCAAAAUAAUUCAGAAAAUGUUAUCUUUGUGUUUGAUGGGAUCAUGGAUGUGAUUGGCAACCCCGUGCUAAAUAACAUUUUGGCAAAAGAACUUCUAUGUGAUGCCAAGAUUCUGACCACGUGCAGACCAGAGGCAGAAGACUGCGAAUUUUUAUCUGACUGGCCGUCUUACAGAGUGGAGGUCCAAGGAUUCAACAAUGAGUCCAUCCAUGCUUACUUAAAGUGGAGGUUAGGCACUGAGGAUGACUAUGUUUGUAGUGUUGCGAGCAACGACGCACUAUUCAGUCUAUGCCAUGUCCCAAUGUACGCUUUCAUAGUGACUGCUUGUAUUUCAUUUAGUCCCUGUGAGGCUAAAAACCACCCAUGCACCAUAACAGAAAUGUAUGUGCGGAUCUUUCGUCAUUGCAUGAAAAGACAUGGUGACCAAAAUGUUGAGUAUCUGGAUAAGUACAUUCAUGACAAUAUGGGGAACAUCAAGUUUCUAGCUAUAAACUCUUUCCAAGCAUUACUUGCGAAAACCGUGAACUUGACAGAAAUGGAUUGCAAGGACAACAGUGUUCAACAUGCGUUCUUGACGUCCAGUGCAGCAAAGGAAUCAUCAACUGGCCAUUCGUUUGCUUUUCUCCACAACACGAUGCAGGAGUUUUGGGCUGCUCUUUUUCUGUUGAUGACACCUGGAAACAUCACCUCCGUCCUUCAACAGUGUCAGACAGAAGAAGGAAAGUACUUGAAGUACAUUGUGUCCUUCCUCUGUGGACUCUUGUCCAGUGACAUUGCUGAAUUGAUUAACUGUGUAGUGCCAGAGGACCAGAUAAGGGAAAUAUCUGACAUAUACCUUGAGAAAGUCAUAGACUCCUUCCUCAGGCCUGCAAUACUACAGGGACAUGAUGAGUCCCAUACCGAGUUGGAUGCUGAUCUCCUCUUCGUUUGCCAGUGCUUGUAUGAGCACCAGUCACCCAAAGCCUGUUCACUCCUUCUACAAAAAGUGGAGUAUGAGCUUGAUCUCAGUGGAAAAUAUCUCGAUCCUCAACAGUGCUGUGCUGUGUCAUAUGUGAUCAACCAGUCCACAAACAAGAAUGUCUGUCUGUACCUGAUUGACUGCACUUUCUCUGAUCCAGGAUUGAGGCUGAUUCUGGGCUCUUUGAAAAAUCUUCAAUGUCUCAGAUUGGAUCCCACUACACAAUGUCAGGUGUGGAAAGCUGCUCUUGACUCAGGGAACCCGAGUGACUCUGAAGGCUUGCUAAGACUGUGUGAAUAUGAAAUUCACUUAAGAGUCAUGGAGAAACAGGACCAAAAGGUGUGGGAGAGAGUGGGAGAGGUCCUGAAGCACAAGAGACCAGAGAAGGUCAAAUUCUGUCUACAUUUGGUUGACAACUCACUGCAUGCAGCUAAUUCCUUGGGAAAGAGCAUAUUUGACCAUUUGCCAAACGUUGAGGCUAUCAGGUUUGUUAAACCUGUUGAUCUGAGACGAUCAUUAGUGGCAUGGAAAAUGGAGGUGAGGUCCUUCCAGCAGGAUAUCUUGCUGCACGGGGCUCUGUACCAGAUGGAGACAGGACUGAAACGGGUAGAGGACCUGCAAGCAGUGCUUUGUCUGGCUAGCACAUAUUCUUUAGAGGAACAGAGCAAAUUCAUUUUGAGUUUGUACCAACAUAUAGGAAAAUAUGAGAAUGAUGAAGGGGUAGCAGUUCUACCAACAUUGCAGACAGUUUUCAAGUCAUUUCCUGCAGUCUGGUACAUACACUUUGCUGAUACGAAGGCCUCUGUCCUCCUUGAUGUGAUGAAACUCCAAAACGUGAAGAAACCAGUGGAGCUGUGGUGGUCAAAUGAUGAGUGUGACAUGAGCCUCAUUCAUUGUUUGCCUUAUAUUUCACAGCUAAGGCAAGUUAUGUUUUGUUAUUUGUCUGAUUGAAACCCAUUUUGUUUAUGCGAUUUACAGGCUAACACUUUUCAUUGUCUAUAGCUUUAGCAUAAAGGUCCUAAUGGAGUGUGGUCAUUAAAAAAAAAGUUCUCUAUGAACAGGUUCAAUGACUGCAUUCUGAUCCAGUAUGAUGACACUAAAGGAACCAUUGAAGGCCUUUUGAAACUAUUCUGUUUUGCAAAGCAGCGUCAGCUUGAGACAGGAGAGGAGACACUGAGGAUGCUGUCGACAGUAUGCAGCUACUCAAACUUCCCUUUUGCGAGUGAUAACAAAGACGAACAGAGUGAUUUUCUGCUAGAUUUAUACUCCUCUGCAAAGUCGUUUGAACUUGAAUUGGAGGGCCAAAUUCUCCCAUCAUUGUUGACAGUCUUUCAGUCAGCUCAGCCUGCAGCCUGGGUCCUUGACCUCGGUACAGACAAGGCCUCCAUCCUACUUGAGGUGCUGAAACUCCAAACAGAGAAGAAACCAGUUAGACUGAAGGGCUGGCUAGAAACUGAUCAAAGCAAAAUAGAGAGUUUUCUUCGGUGCCUACCAUAUAUUUCACAACUGAGGAUUAUUCCUCAAGAUGAGAGUGAUACAGAGGUGAAGAUGCCUACACUGACUUCUGAGCAACUAAAGAGAUUCUUCCUUUUGCACCUGCUUGAUCAUGGAGAUCUGGACAACACUGAGACAGGACAGAGCUCUGUUGAGGAACUGUUGUCAGUUCUUGGGUUUGCUCAUUCAGACGACUCUCCAGAAAGGUGCUUGUUUCUGUUAGAUCUGUUCUCACAUGGGAAAGACUACGAGACUCAAACAGGCAGAAAAGUUUGUCACGCAUUACUUCCUGUUUAUCGGUCAGCCCCUGCAGUCUGGUCCAUAGACCUCUCGGAGAGAAAGGGCUCUCUAAGCUGUAAUGACCAGUUCCAGCUGUCUCUGUGGGGUGCACUCCCUGUCGGCUCAGAAUGGGAUGCACAGCUAGCCUCCUCACUCCUCCAGGCCCUAGACUACACCAUCACAUUGUCAGGGUGGUUGCCCACUGUAACCUGCAAGGCAGUAGGUGCAGUCCUAGGCCAAUCUGCCCCUGGAGAAAAACUCAACGUCAGUCUCAUCCCAGAUAGUAUCUCAUUCCAAGGAGCUGCAUUACUCUUCAAGCAAGUGAAAGAGUUUCACAAACUUAAGGUAAACGAAAUGUCAACAGCAAAGCUGGCCAGAUUGGCAAGGUCAAUGACAUGCCGAAGACCAAUGGUCGUUGAGGAGCUGACUCUUGUCUUGUCUAGGUCAAUUCCAAAAGAAGGGGUGCAGUGUAGAGUGCUCAGUGGUUUAGCUUUACUCCUUAGAGUUUGGACUGUAAGGGUCUUAAAUCUGAUAGACUGUCCAAUCCAGGGUUUCCUUCUCACUACCUUGUUGUGUCAUCAGGGUCCACUCACUAUCAGGCAAGUUUCUAGAUCUUCUUCACACUUGAAAAAAUAUGGACUUUUGUUUUGUGAGGUGUGCUAUUGUUUUGAAAGAUGGGUUUGUGUAUGUUUCCAUGACAGACUGAGUAAGGAGACUCGGCAGCAGCUGGCUGUUGUGGUGUAUGAGGCUCAGGAUGAGGAACUGACCCAAUGCUUUCUGGAAAAGUCGGGUAGUGAUCUGUCUAACUGUACACUGGACUGGGAUGUGCUUCACUACCUGCUGAAGACCACCACACCACACAACCCAUCACCAUCAACCUCAGGAGGAGCAGAAUCAGAGACCAAUACAUACCUUAUCUCCUCCCUUUGCUGAAGAAUGUUCACUUUCAAAGGACAAGCUCCCAGUUUGAGAGGACAGCUCUGAGAGAAAUACAUGAGCAACGUGCUGGUCACUUGGUGAACAGUUUAGUGAAGUCAUCAGAUGACUGGAUCGACCUGAACAACCUGGUUUUGAACCAUGAUGACUGUGAAGCGCUUCGUUUUGCCCUGCACUACAGUGACGGUGUCAAACUCAACUUGUUGUUGACCAUCAUUCCAAAGGAGGAAAUGGAGAGCAUUCUGACUCUUCUACACAGAGUCUCUGAGCUCAGGGUCGAAAGGAAACUAUUGCUGGAGCUGCUCCAUACCUGUGCAGGAUUGAGAAGGAGGAGAGGAGUGGCACCUGCACUCCUGACACUGCUGCAUCACAAACUGGACCUCUCCUGCUCCUCUGCCAUGGACCUGUUUGGGCAGGAGAAGACUGUUUUGAGCCUCAGUUUUGGAGACUGUAGGGUAAUCUCCGCGGCCAUCCAGGAAGCUGAUGGUGACACCGAGCUGAUCCUACACGACUGCCAUGUUGAGGAUGAAGGAAUAGAGGAGCUGUUUCAUGUUUUGCACAGGAUUCAUAUGAGCUUUGGAAAACCUCUUCUGCUGCAACUCCUGCACUUGAUAUUUGUGGAAGAUUGCGACAGGUCAGUGAGGCUUGCUUCAUUACUCUCCAGAGCCCUAGAAAAGAAGGUGGACCUCAGUCAUAGCCCUUUAGACUCGAGGGCCUGUUCAACACUUGCCUUGGUUCUAGAACACUCGGAAGGGCUUUCCGAGCUGGACCUCAGUGACUGCCAACUCACUGACACACAACUGGACGUGCUGCUCCCACAUCUGCACAAAGUUCAAGUCCUGAAUCUUUGCAAUAAUGAAAUCACAGACAAAGGUGCUGUGAAACUCAACCUAUACAUGAUUGGCAAUAGCUUCACAGAAACUGUAUGGCUCUCCAGCAACAUGAUUACUGAGUUUGACAUCUUAUUGGCAGACAACCGCUACAAACUGUGGCCAGCUCAUGUGGAGCCUGGGUGGCACGAUCAGCGCGUUACUUCCCUGGGAUCUACCGCUGUGACAAAUGAGACCUCUAAAAAAAAAACCCUCAUUGAAGAAUUUGAUCCUGACAAAACAAUAACAGACAAGAUUACCUACAGGUUCCAGUGUGGGUCUCGUGGCAGGUUUCAGUGCAGAGCUACAGGACUGGUUUUUGGGAUGAGGGGGGCAGGAAUUGUGGAGUACAGUGUGGUCCACUGGGACAGGGAUAUCCUUGCUAACACCAGCUAUGAGCCUGCAGGCCCCCUGUUUCAACUCAGGAGUCCAGAGGGACAUAUGUACCAACUACAUCUACCUCACUGCGAGGUUAAGGUGUCUGCAGCUGAGAACCUUCUUGUGGCCCACAUAUGCAGAAAGAACAGGGAGUUCUUAAUACCCAAGGUGACACACUCACACGUGAUUGUAAGCAUUAGUGGGCUUUCAAAUUAUGGAAAAGCUCGUAAAAAACAAUCCAACAGCAACCGUAUCCAAGGACAGGUGCUACUGUUCCUUGAGCCUGAAGCAACUCCAGAAGAGCAACGGCUCUGGGUGUUCCUGCUGCCCCGAGACAUGCCGCCAGACCAGGUGGAAAAUCAGCACAAAGAGUUCACAUUCAUUAAGACCAGCUCAUCCUGUAUGCUGACACCCACAGCCAAAUAUAGUGUGACUUCUGACCUCAAACAAGGCUUUCUUGUUCAACCCAAAAAAUACACUUUGCACAUUGCACAUUGCACAUACCAACACGCCACCUUUGAGGUCUUCUUGAACCGUAGUAUCACCGAACUCAAAAUGAAAAUUCUGGAGACAAAGCUAAAGACGAGGAAACGCUGGUGUCGCCGAGUGAUUCUCAACACACCACGGGGUCUCACCAUGUCUCCUCCCCUACUUUCAUCAGAUAAUGCUGCUAAGAUAAAAAGAUUCAAUGAGCAGCAGUGGAUAAAGAACCUGUGUGACAUACUGAGAGAACUGUCAAAGGACGAAAUUAAGAAGCUUAAGUCAAUGAUGAGGAAUAAGGAACAAAAGCCAGUCCCCAAGAGUGCUCUGGAGGGACGAAAAAGCCCCGAGGAGCUUGCAGAGCUGAUGGUGGAGACCUGGGGGAUGCAUGACUCCAUCAAGGCCACCAAAGAGUUCAUGGAGAGACUGCCACGCAAUGACGAUCGAGUGACCUCCUUGCUGCAGCCAUUCUUGUAGCAUUUUGGCAAAGGUUGGGAGAUGAUGGAAGUGUGGUGGCUACCUGCAAAAAACUAUGGGAGUAUGCUUUUACAAGGUCCAAAACUCAGGGAAAAUCAAAUCCAUUGAAAUUGAUAUAAUGAACAGAGCAUUUAGAGAACAAAUAUAUUGUAUUGCAGUUGUCUUUAAUUUUGUAAACUUUUUGGGGGAAAAAAUCAAGUUCAGUUGAACAAUAUAUUUUGAGAUUUUAUGUAUAUUUCAAAACUUUUUUUUUAUCACUGAAAUAUGUACAGUAUGACCAACGACAACUUUGUAGUUCAAUGUAUAUUUAUAUUUGUAAACUUUUUUUUCAACCACCAGAAUAAUAUGUAAAGUAUGACCAAUGACUUUUUCUACCUGUUUGAAUCUUGGUGUUGUCUCAUCCACACAUUCGGAUAAAACCAUGAAUCUAAUCCGUGGCCAAUUAUUGUUCUACCCUUUCACUGUCAUAACGGUACAAAUCUUUGCCGCAAAUCCUAAAACUAGUAUGUAUGAUUAUUGCUAUCCUCAUUUCAUCAGGAAAGACAAAAAUGCCAAAACCCUCAUCAUUAGUGUACUUGCUGUUAUUCCCUCUUAAUAGUCGCAUUUUGCAUCACAUAGUAACCAAUUCUUGAUAUUAACCAAUAGCCUACACUGUUCUGCUUGUUUUUUAAUUUUUUUCUUAAAUGUGCUUUUCUAUGCAAUAAAGAUUAGGGUACACACUGAGCAAUAACCUACAAUAUUGGUAGGCCUAAACCUAAUAUUUUGUUGAUUAAAUACAUUAUUUAGAUUGUAAA